AUGAGUAGUAAUCAUCUUAACUAUACUAUGUCUGCUCUCACCUUUUUGGGUGGAGUAAUGGGAUAUGCCAAGGCAAAGUCAAUGCCAAGUUUGAUUGCAGGUACCACCUUUGCAUUGUUAUAUGCCGCCACUGGUGUAGCCAUGGAAAAAGAUCCACAAACAGGUCAUGCUGCAACUGCAGGUAGAGUAUCAAUAUUGAGAAAUCAAUCAAUCAAUCAGUAUAAUGUAUUCACCACACCAGCAUUCAUUAACUCUUUACUUUUUUUUUUUGUAGUUAUUUCUGUUGUCUUGACAGGAGCAAUGGGUAAGCGUGCCAUAAAAACAGGAAAGGUGUUUCCAGCUGGUGUCGUCGCUACUGCCGCUGGUUUAACUACACUCUACAGUGCAAAGAAGUACUAUGAUUGGACAUAUGGCGUAUAA